UCGGGCAACACGUGACCUGUACCGGCGCAUGCUCUCCGCAGUAUUAUUUCGAAAACGAGAGAAAUAUCAUCAGACUUGGAAACGUGCGCGAGCACCGUGCGUGUCGCGUGGUCUCGAGUCGUCUGUGUCGCGGUCUGCUCUACUCUAUACAAUCAUCAAUUUCCGUCUACAUGCAAAAAUAGCCUUGGAUGCACGACGAUCGAUCCUUUCGUGACUUAUGUAACAUUGUAACAAGACAUUAGUAAUCAUUUGAAGACACUGGACAACAUGCCUCGAGGCUGACAGAUGCGUUGUCCUCUUGCCCAUAGGCUAAGGAUCGAAUGAUGAUUGUUAUUGGAGGAUGUCAGCGAUUAACAUGUGUCACCAGAGUUCUCAAUUCUUUCAGUCACAAUCUCAAGUUUCACAUGAAAGAUGACAUUUAUAUUUACAAGAAAAUUCACACAUCCUCUGCAAUCAAUACUAUAGGUAAUAAACGACACAACAAUGAACACUGGAAUUCACAGCCCUGGUUCAGACACAUUCAGCCAACAAGUCACAGGAGGAGAAGUGACUUGCCAGAAAUAUUUCAUCAGACAAAUAGAAAUGCCAGUAUUGCAGCCAAACUUGUUGAAAAAGCUCCAUCCAAAAUUCAGCCAUACAUGAAACUUAUGAGGAUAGACAAACCAAUAGGUUCCUGGUUACUAUUUUGGCCAUGUGGAUGGAGCAUAGCAAUGGCUGCACCUGCAGGUGCAUUCCCAGAUCCUGGUAUGCUUGCUCUUUUUGGUAUUGGAGCAUUUAUUAUGAGGGGAGCUGGUUGCACAAUAAAUGAUAUGUGGGAUAAAGACAUCGACAAAAAGGUAGCUAGAACAAAAGAUAGGCCACUGGUAACAGGUGAAGUGUCUCAAAUGCAAGCUCUGACUUUUCUCGGAGGGCAGUUAAGUCUUGGCUUACUUGUUCUAUUGCAACUUAAUUGGUACAGUAUUAUUCUUGGUGCAAGUUCACUAGGUUUAGUGAUUAUCUAUCCUCUGAUGAAAAGAAUAACUUAUUGGCCUCAAUUAAUUUUGGGGAUGACUUUUAAUUGGGGAGCUCUAUUAGGCUGGUCUGCCAUUCAAGGAUCCUGUGAUUGGUCAGUUUGUUUACCUCUAUACACAGCUGGCAUUUGCUGGACUAUUUUAUAUGAUACAAUUUAUGCACAUCAGGAUAAGAUUGAUGAUGUUUUAUUAGGAAUAAAAUCAACAGCAUUAAAAUUUGGAGAUAAAACCAAACUAUAUCUUGCAAGUUUUGGUACUACUAUGAUCUCAAGUUUGGUUGUUUCAGGCAUUUGUGCUGAUCAAACGUUUCCAUACUAUAUAGCUGUGGGAUUAGUAGGUUCACAUCUAUUUCAUCAGCUUUAUACACUGGACAUUAAUGACCCAUCCAACUGUGCAAAAAAGUUCAUAUCUAAUCACAAAGUUGGAAUGAUAUUAUUUGCUGGCAUUGUGUUAGGAAAUUUAGCUAAAAAUGCACUAAACAAGAGACGAACAGAUAUGGACAAAUUAAAGAAUGUUGAAAGAAGAAACCUUUUACGAGAAGUAACAGUUCCUCUGUAAUAGACUGUUUAAAAAGAUAACAUUAUCUUAUCUUUGAUUUGUAAAGAUUUUUAUGUGAUUAAUUCUAUGUCACUGUACAUAUUUUUGAAAAGAAAUCGUACUGAUACCAAAGCACAUUUCUUUGCAGUGCAAAGUAUAAAAUAAGACAAAUUUCAGUGUAAAAUAUAAAAUAAUUUUAUUAUUCUA